AUGCGUAUACACAUACAUACAUACAUGUAUACACAGAUAGAAAGUCCACCCAUUGUGUAUGUGUGUUUGGAUUGCGAGCAUCGCGGGGCAGACACGGCCUUCGUUGGUAGAGCCCCGUUCUCUGCAUUCUCCGACCAUGCAUUCGCUUGUUCUCCCUCUUCGCCAUACUAUUUCGUCACUCUCUUCCACCUAUCUUCCACUAUUAUAAUAGCGAUUUUAGGUCAGGCAUUGGCUUGGCCAGGCCUUGUGGAAUUUAUUCCAGGAGGACUUGAAAUUAAGGGACUUGGUCCAUGCAGUCGUUCCGUGAGCACGUUUGAAUUUGGAUAUGAAACUAAAGUGGUACUAUAG